UACUGAAUCCACAUCCGGGUCCUGUGCUGCUGCUGGUGUGCAGAGAUUCGGUCCCGAACACAGCGGACCAAAACAGCGGUCAAACCCGACCCUUUACACCUUCUAAUUAGCUUACAUUCAGGACGCAGAAUAAAUGGGAAUGAUGCAUCCCUGGUUUAAAAAGAUAAGGGUGAUCCUCUCGCUCACAGACUGAAUGCAGAGCAAAACAAUCCGCCAGCCUCUCUUUCUCUCUCACCACCGACGCGCUCAGUUUAUAUCUCUAUCUUUCUUUUCGUCCUUUUCUUUUAUCUCUUUUUUACCUCCUCCACUACAGAACUCGCCAGGACUUAUUUUUAGUGGAUUCCUAAGCAACAGAGAUGGGUGCAUUUCUCGAUAAGCCAAAGAUGGAGAAACACAACGCAAAAGGGGACGGCAACGGCCUGCGCUACGGCUUGAGCAGCAUGCAAGGCUGGCGUGUCGAGAUGGAGGAUGCACACACUGCUGUCAUCGGUCUGCCCAACGGCCUGGACCCCUGGUCGUUCUUUGCUGUUUAUGACGGGCAUGCGGGAUCGCAGGUGGCACGUUACUGCUGCGAGCACCUCCUGGAGCACAUCACCAGCAACCCUGACUUCCAGGGUGGAGGUGGAGGAGGGGGUCCAGCCGUGGAGCCCAACGUGGACAGCGUGAAAUCCGGAAUCCGUACGGGUUUCCUGCAGAUCGAUGAUCACAUGCGGCAGAUCUCGGAGAAGAAGCACGGUGGUGCCGACCGCAGUGGCUCGACGGCCGUUGGUGUGAUGCUCUCACCCCGCCACAUCUACUUUAUCAACUGUGGAGAUUCACGGGGGGUGCUGAGUCGCGGAGGGGCUGUGCACUUCUUCACGCAGGACCACAAACCCAGCAACCCCCUGGAGAAGGAGAGGAUCCAGAACGCUGGUGGAUCUGUGAUGAUCCAGCGCGUCAAUGGGUCCCUGGCAGUGUCCAGGGCUCUAGGGGAUUUUGACUAUAAGUGUGUUCAUGGUAAGGGUCCCACGGAGCAGCUGGUGUCGCCAGAGCCCGAGGUGUAUGCUAUCGAGCGGUCGGAGGCGGAGGACGAGUUUAUUGUUCUUGCUUGCGAUGGCAUCUGGGAUGUGAUGGCCAACGAUGAGCUGUGUGAUUUUGUCCGUUCACGACUUGAGGUGACUGACGAUCUGGAGAGGGUCUGCAAUGAAAUUGUAGAUACCUGUUUGUACAAGGGAAGUCGUGACAACAUGAGUGUUGUGUUGGUGUGUUUCGUCAGUGCACCAAAGGUUUCCCCUGAAGCUGUCAAAAGGGAAGCGGAGCUUGAUAAAUACCUAGAGAGCCGAGUAGAAGAGAUCCUGAAGAGGCAGGGGGAUGAUGGUGUGCCUGACCUGGUACAUGUGAUGCGCACAUUAGCAUCUGAGAGCAUCCCCAACCUACCACCUGGAGGAGAGCUGGCCAGCAAGCGGAGUGUAAUUGAAGCAGUAUACAACAAACUUAACCCAUACAGGAACGAGGAUACAGACUCUGCAUCCACGGAUGACAUGUGGUAGCCCCGCCACUUUAAACACUGCACAGAGUUUACAACCCUCCAGAACCCUGCACAACAACCUUUCCUACAGGACCCGGCACCAGAACCCUGCACAAGAACCCUCAACUACUACAGGACCUGCACAAGAACCCUACCACAGCCCAGCUCAGCUGCUCUGGACUGUUCGGAGGAGGAGGAAAAGGAAGGGAAUGAGGGCUCCCUCCCCUUGUUCACAAAAUGUUCCCUCUCAGUGCAAGGCAAUGGUACCUUCUGGAAAUGUUCUGCUUACUCUUUUGUCCCGCAUCAUUCUUUUCCCAAAACCUUUUAUCCUUAACAUCACCCUCUUAAAAAAAUCCAACGCAACACCUUUUUUUUUUCCAUUUAAAUAUAUAUAUUUUUUUUCGGUGUAAUUAAUUUGAUUCACAUUUCCUUGUGUGUUUGUAUAUUUCAGCUUUUAUUUCUGUGAAGUGCAAUUGUCUUGUACAAAGAAAAAGCCUGUAUCAAAUGCAGCUCGAGUUUUAAGUUUAUAAAAAAAGAAAAAAGGCACACCUUUGUGCCCUGCCUGCUUUUUGUUUCCUCUCUAACCGCUUAAGCCCAACACAUCUGCCUCUCAUCUGCCUCCCAAUUUUAAUUUUUCAUUUUUACCCUUUUAAAAAAAAAAACUAAAUAUAACUUUUUGUAUUGUUACUUUUUAAGUGAAACGGGUAAAUGAUAUGGGCUCACAGCACAGUACAGUAAGCUUUUUUGUAAAUCUCACAGCACAGAUGACAGUAAUUGUUAUGUUCUCUCAGUACUACUGUUUUUCUUUUUCUGAUGGGGUGGGUUUUUUAUUUUACCGCUUAUUUUUCUGAGGAAACCGCUUUAACUUACUUAAACUUAACUGAAAUUGUGUGCAUGUUUGUGUAUGUAAGAAUGAAUGCAUCAGAUGAGAGAUCAGUGGUUUGUGUUGUGUGUAUGUGUGCGUUUAAGAGUGCAUGUUUGAGCCACCAAACUAUUUCCAUAGUUAAAGGUGUGUGGGGGGACUAAAACUGAUUCUCUCUUUUAUCAUCAACACUAGAACUUGUCUCUACAGUGUUCUGCACUACUGCAGCUCUUGAUUUUUAGUUUAAGUUGGCCUGGCUGGGAGCAUCUUAGAGGAUCACCUGUUCUUGCUGGAAAAAAGCAACUGUUAAGAAGCAUCCAGAAUUGAGACAGGCCAUCUUAAAGGGAUGGAUUACCCAGAAAUGAAAAUUCUGUCAUAAUUUACUCACCCCAAUGUUGAUCCAAACCUGUAUGAGUUUCUGUUGAACACGAAAGAUGAUAUUUUAAAGAAUGUGGUUAACUAGACAGUUCACAGUUGCCAUUGACUUCCAUAGUAUUUUUUUUUCUUGGAAGCCAAUGGCUACCGUCAAUUGUUUCAUUACCCACAUUCUUCACUCCAUCAUCUUUUGUGUUCAGCAAAAAAAAAAAAAAAAGAAACUUACACAUGUUUGGAACAACUUGGUUUGGGUGAACUAACCUUUUAAGUGAGCGUAUGUGUUUGGCUAUCAAUGCGCAUUGAAUGAAUGGAUGUGUGAGACUGCAUGUUUAUUUUGCUUAAAAUUAUGUGGGUUUUAAUGGGGAUAUUUAGGCUUUUGACACAAAUAUAAAAGGCUUUAGCUAUAGCUCUCACUCACCCAUCUGCACUGUUGAGAGAGUGAUGAGUGAAUGCAAGUAUUACAUUCAACUCUCAGAUUUUUCUUCUUCUACCAUUCGCUUCAUCAUGUAUUGAUUUGUUGUUGUUUUUUUGGAUGUGUUUUUUUUUUUUUCCUUAAAGAACAAAUCCAGUGUGAUGCAGUGAGCUGGCCUGGUUUUAGGUGGAGCCUACAUGUGUUCCUCUGACCAAUAGGGAGCGCAACAGAGUACUGUUUGCUGCUAAAGUGUGAUUGAAUCAUUCGUUCAUUCAUUUGAAUGCUCUUAGUUUAUAUUCUCCUGCACCUUUUUAUCUCCCCCCCCAAUGCUAUAUGUAACAGUUCUGAAUUAAUUUAAUCGUGUUGUUUUCAGAGAGAUUGCCGCUUGUUAAUUUGUCCUAAGAUUGUCUGAAAUGUGACAUGGUAAAAUCAAAACCCCUGCGUCCUUACCUCCCCAAACUAAAUCUUUUAUGUAUUGAAUAGAUUAUAUGAACAGGAAUUCCCAUGCGUCUGAUAAAUAUAAGUUAGCUUUUUGUCUUAUCCCGUAUAUUUGCAUAUACUAAAAAAAAAGGUUAGGUAAAAUGAUCACUUUGAGUCUUUUUCGUGAACUUCACAGGGUGAUUUAUUAAACUUCGAAACUAAUAUUGUAACAAAAUGACAAUCUAACAGUGUAUAGCUAAUGUAAACAGAAAGAAAUCUCCUUGUAUCCUCUAUGCUUUCGGCUUGUUAUAACACAGGCUUAAAGAUAGUUGUGUUUGUGUGUGGAAUGGUAAGCUGUGUUUUCCCCAGUGGAAGCUGGAAUAUUGUGUAAUAGGAGGAUUUACGAAAUGAAUCUAAAAUUAACAGGAAAAUUUAGGAUGGUCUUAGAGGCCAAGAUGUGUUCAUGUGUCUUUUUAAGCUUUUUUUGCAUCCGAAAAGCUGCGUGGAAUCACUUUAGGAAUGUAGAAAUGAGGAACGACGAAUCUUACUAGGAUGCUGUUGGUUUGCUUAACCCUCGUUUUGGCUUUAUAAGGACUUUAAACUCUCUCAUGUGAAAAUUGACUAAUGACGUGACUCUGAGAUGUUUUUUGCAAUGCGUUUUGUUGUAUUUAUGCAGUUUUGAGAUCCAUAAAUAGCUUUAGAUUUCCCCUCAUCGUUUGUAAGAUGUCCAGAUGGUUUUUAGAAAAAAAAAAAAAAAAAGCAGAAAUACUGAAUUUUUAGCUUCACGAUAGUCAUAGGUACAGGUCCAUUAAUUGUGGAGAGGUUAUAUAAUGGCUUACAAUGAAACAUACAAGCCCAUUUAUAGGUGAUAGAGAUGUUAUGAAUGUGUUUUUAUUAUGGUUUGUCUUGUCACUCAAGUUGACAAGGGCAUUUCACAAGGAAUUUUAAGUGACGCAUGAACCGUUGCAUUUGUUAAGUACGCGUAUAUUUGCUUUCCAUUUUCUAAAUAUGUGUCACAAACACUUCUGUGGCCCUGUAUUUUAGUUUUAUGCUCUGAAAUCCUAUUUCUGUGGUUGCUAGCUCUGUAGUGUUUGCUUGGUAGCUCAUUUUAGUUGAUUUAUCCGGACCUGCCUUCUUAUGUAUAAACCAAGUGAUUAAUGCAGCCUUAA